CUCACCCUCUCUCCCUCCUGCUCUCUCUAUUCGCCCCCAUUGUCACACACCGCUCUCUGAAAGCCACCCCUCAUGGGCUCACUCAUGGUCAGAGCCGAAAAGAGCACUCGUCCCGGGGAAGACUAGACUUUCAUUUGCCCUCGAAAGGCACCAGAUGAAUCCCGCCAACAAGCGACACAUGGACGCAUAACACAGAGGCACAGGCUACUGACGUGACGCGAUCUUUUUCUCAGUGCAAUGGACAAGCCUUUCGGACCAGACGUCACGUUCACGUUGAAUGAUGGCAGGGCUCAUCCUGCACCCAGCACUCAGACCAGAGGACAGUGGUCGAGCAAACUGGAGUUCCUCUUGGCUGUCGCAGGACAAAUCAUAGGCCUGGGAAAUGUGUGGAGGUUCCCUUACCUGUGCUACAAAAAUGGAGGAGGUGUGUUCUUCAUCCCAUAUGUGCUCUUUCUCUUUACCUGUGGCAUCCCCCUGUUCCUCAUGGAGACGUCUCUCGGCCAGUACACCAAACAGGGGAGUAUAACCUGCUGGAAAAAAAUCUGUCCCCUUUUUGAAGGGAUGGGGUACGGCAGUCAGGUGGUCGUGUUAUACUCCAGCAUCUAUUACAUCAUCAUACUGGCCUGGGCUUUCCUGUAUCUGUUUUUCUCUUUCCGAUCUGAACUUCCCUGGGCGAGUUGCAGGAACAGCUGGAACACGGAGACCUGUGUGGAGUUUGAUCGAAGGGGUGAUUUGAACUGGACUGUACCUGCGAAUGCAACAUCACCUGUGAGAGAGUUUUGGGAGAUACGAGUUUUAAAUAUCACAGGAAGUAUCCACGAGAUGGGCAGUGUGCGAUGGGAGUUGGCUCUGUGUCUUCUGUUGUCGUGGAUCAUCUGUUACUUCUGUGUCUGGAAAGGAGUAAAGUCUACAGGGAAAGUUGUUUACUUUACUGCCACAUUUCCAUAUUUGAUGCUGGUGGUGCUGCUUGUUCGUGGACUCACGCUACCUGGGGCCUUAGAUGGGAUCAAGUUUUAUCUCUACCCAGAUCCGUCCCGCCUCUCUGACCCACAGGUGUGGAUGGACGCUGGCACACAAAUCUUUUAUUCCUAUGCUAUUUGUAUUGGGUGUCUAAUUGCACUUGGCAGUUAUAAUAAAAACAGCAAUGACUGCUACAAGGACUGUGUGUACUUGUGUCUACUGAACAGUGGGACCAGUUUUGUAGCUGGUUUUGCAAUCUUCUCUGCACUUGGAUUCAUGGCAUAUGAGCAGAACAUGCAUAUAUCAGAAGUAGCGGAGUCAGGUCCCGGGUUGGCGUUCAUUGCUUACCCUCGAGCAGUCGCCAUGAUGCCUUUUCCUCAGAUCUGGGCAAUCUUCUUUUUCAUUAUGAUCAUCCUACUGGGACUGGACAGUCAGUUUGUAGGACUGGAGGCUCUCGCAACAUCCAUUUCUGACAUGAAUCCUUCCUUCUUCCACGUCGGCCAUCGGCGUAAAUUUCUCCUGCUCGGCAUCAGCAUCGCUUGUUUCUUCAUUGGCCUUUCGAUGGUUACAGAAGGUGGAAUCUACAUUUUCCAGGUGUUUGACUACUACGCCUGCAGUGGGAUGACUCUACUUCUCUUUGCCCUUCUGCAGUCUGUGGGUGUUGCAUGGGUUUACGGUGCAGACCGGUGGUAUGAAAACAUUGAGGACAUGAUUGGAUACAAGCCCUUACCUCUGAUUAAGCUUUGUUUGAAGUACGUCACUCCAGUGAUAUGCGCGGCAACGUUUGUUUUCUCCUUGGUCAAAUACACCCCUCUGAAGUUCAACAACACAAUUGAGUAUCCAUGGUGGGGUUACGUUCUCGGAUGGUGGUUCACUCUCUCCUCUACACUCAUUGUUCCUCUCUUUUUGCUGUACAAUGUAAGCGUCACCCCCGGUUCACUACGACAGAGGUUCGCCAUCUUGUGCACUCCAGCUAACGACCUUACUCUGAACAAAUCAGAGAAGAAAAGUCUCGAUGUGUUUGACUUGACCUCAUCUCCUGACAGCGUGGUGUCCUAGUUACUCAACAGGAUGAAGCAUCAGGAGAAGCUUUUCCUCAGUCCAGCGGUCCUACUCUCAAGUUCCCUUUAAAGCAGUGCUUCCCAAACACUUGUGACACCUUGUGGCAGUCCCACUGUCCUUAAGGAAUGCCUCAAAAUGUAUCAUGAUUGUACUUUUCUUCAGCACUACAAAGUUUGGUGGCUGAUUCAACAAAAAUAUCAUCAAGUAUGAUAUCAAGUGCCAUCAUGUCCUUGAUUCAUCAGCUGAUCUAUUGAUUUUUUUUUCUUUUUCUUUUUUUCUGAUGAACUGGAUUUCUUAAAAUUUCAGAAAAUAGUGGUACUUAAAGUUUCCCAGAGCCAGAGGUCACAUCCUGUAGAUGUCUUGUUUUAAAAAAAAAAAAAAAAAGUCAGCAACAGCACAGACAUUCAGUUUUAUAAAGCAUACAAAACAGGCAAGAGUGAGAAUCUGGAGCUAGAGAUUUUGCUUGUCAAUAAAUCAAUUGCAAAUGAUUAUUCUAUAUCGUCCUCAAACCAUGGAUGUGGUUGGAUGUAAUAUUCCAUGUUGGAUACACGUGUCAACCUCGCGCGUGACUGUGGUUUGUGGGAAACGUUAACUGCCAACAAACAGUAAUAUCCUGGUGACUGGGCUGUAUUUGUCGAUGCUCAUUAAGGAACAUCCAGGACCAAAACUUGUAUCUGAUUUUAAUUUGUAAUUCAUUCAAGAAAACGUGUUAUAAGAAUAUAAGUGUUUUUGGUUUGUUUUGCGUUUUAAUUGUAACCAGGUUGUUAACUAUUUGUGGUUAAGUAACACUGAUAAACUAUUGCCAAAUAAGCCAUACAGAUUGAACACUGGAGUCACUUUUAGGUCGCUGUGAAAGACAAAAGUACCUUAAAUUUCCAACUGUCAAUGUUGAUUCGAAAGAAGUUUGCGGUCCUGGGCACCGUAACCGACUGAGCUGCCAUGUUGUCCUUACACUUCCAUGUUUCUGAGCUACGCUGAGCUCAGGUACUGUAAAUAUGUGCAUGCACUGCCGACACACGGAGGGAACAAUUCAGCACUAACCAGAUUGUGUUUGGCGUUAGAGGGUUAUGUCAUUUUAAGUUGUAUUGUGAUGAAAUAAGCACCAACUGUACAAUGAAAAGAGAAACACAGUGCACACCAAUUGGCUGUUAUAGUCAGAAUCAAAUAAUGCUAUUUUUCUAACAGUAUUUUUUACUGUAGCCUCAAUAUUAAACUUGUUUAAUUAUAGUUAAUGUUUAUAUCCUUUUGUAUCCUUUUUUUUUUUUACAUCAUAUAUCUUUGGGAUUUGUGUAAAUGCUGGAAGGAUCAUACAAAAUCUAUAUUUUCUUAAAUAACAUCUGUAAUUUUUAAAAAAGACAUUUGUGACAGAAGUUGUGUAAAUUUCUUGUUUAGAUGGACAAUGUCACUUUUUAUACCAUCAUUUGUCAACAGUAAAUACAUUCUGAACAACCAGUUAGUUAAUGUUUUAUUAAUCAAAAUGUUUGUGUGAUUGGAUGACUCAUAGAGCUGGUUCAUGAUCAGUCAGUUUCAUCAUUUACAUUCUGUUAAACAGUGUGCAAUACAUUAUCUUUAAGAGUUCAAAAUGUAGGUAUUAAUGUGAGUUAUUAUUACCUUACUUGAAUUAUGAGAAAGAAUCAGCACCGUAAACUGUUGAUCAUUUGCAAACUUUCAGUAAUAAUCAGUUAAUAUUUUAUUUUUUUGUAAAUAAUUGAAAUGUUAUCUGUUUUGUGAACACUUGAACGCUACAGCCCAUUAAAGGAGUCACAAAGCAUCAAUCGAUGUGUCCUUGAAUGCACCAACACAUGAAUGUUUGGAGUAACAAAGCUGCAAUACCACGAAACAGCUUAGUUUAGGACCAUGAUGACCUCCAAAAACUCUGAUUCAGAUUCAAUUCCUGAUCACAGCAGAUGAGGAAAAAAAUGUUGCUGCUGUUCGGAGCUUUCAGUCAUAUCACACAAUCUCCUUUCUUGGAUUUAUGCUAAUCUAGACAAACAAAAGUGUUCUGGAAAAAAAAAAAAAAUCUUAUCUGCAAUUCUGUGACAACUGAGCAAACUGCCAAUGAACAUCAUCAUCAUAAUGAUAAUGAUGAUAAUAAUAUAACCCAAGAAUACCUAUUAUUCUUUGUGAGAUUGUUUUCUUAACUGGUGUUUCCAAAGAUAAGGACUUUUUAACUAAAAAAAAAAACCCAAACAAAAAACUGACUGCUCAUCACCAAGGACUAGUGAGUGACACUGUGGAGCAUCUUGCAGCUAAUGAGCCAGUUGUUUCUGGUGUUGGUAGAUGGCAAUGGCAGAGGUAGAUGUAAAAAAUAUAUAUAUAAGUAAAUAAAAAAGUGUAUAUUAGACUAAGAUUCAUCAUGUGGACACAAACACGAGUGACAUGAUUGAUCACAGUCAGUGGUCAUGUUUAAUGUUUAUCAAUAGCAGGCAUUCAAUCAAAGGGCGUUCAGUUCGUCCAACUCUUCAGUCUAAAUUUCUCCCAGCUCCUGCACUGUUCUGCUCAGCGGUCGUGGUCACAUCUCCAAACCUGCAGAGCCUGCUGCAGAGUUUUGUUUUCUUUGCCUGGAUGUCAGGGUUUUCACUGGCCUGUUUGUGAUCGGGUAGUAUUAUUGGCUAUGAUUUUAAAAGUAACUAAGUAGAUUACAUGGGGUAACUUAAUUAUGAGUAAAAUUACAGACAUGAAAAUGUGCUUGUAGAAGUACGAGUACCCCAAAAUGACUUAUUACAGUCAUUUAAGUAGCUGUAAUUAGCCACUUACACUCCUGAUAAUUAUAUCCAGCAUAUGAGUUUAGGAGGUAACGCUGUGUUAGCUGCAGGUUUAAGAUAACGUGACAAACAUAAUGUAUAGCUGCCAUGACAUUAGCUCUGUUUUUUAUUCACAAUAGGAGUGAAUUACUUGGCUUAACCUGAUUGGGAACAAUAACUGUCAGCAUAAAUGAAAUGCUUGGAUUCAAAUUCAUGUUCUACAAAGACAAACAUAGUCAAAUUAUUCCUGUAUCUGUAUGUGUCUCCUUAAACACAGUGUUCCCUUCAGCUGAUUCAGUGUCACAUAUGAUACAUUAAAACAUUCUUUAUGACAAUAACGCUAUGCUAAUGUCAAAAGCAAAACGUCAGAGAAGUUGUUACACUGUAAAAUGUUGACCUAUAACUUCAAGAAUGGCGUCCUUCUUUAAAUGCAACUCUUAGAUUUAUUUAAUGCUUGUAAAGUGCAAAAAAAAUAGAUAGAUAUAUAUAAAGAAGACAUGAACAAAGGUACCUUGCAGAGUUUUUUCUUUUGUCUGAAAAUAUUUCUUUCGCAUAAAUGCCUGUUGAAAACACUGAUCACAUUUUCUCAUUACAAGGUGAAAAUCUUCUGAAUACAUGUAAACAUUUUGUCAUUUUGACAAAUGCCGCAGUUAAAUCUGCAUUUUAUCCUUUACUUUUAUGUCAAAAUUGUCCAAACUACUCCUGUAAUUUGCGGUUAUCAAUGACAAAUGUAGCACUCAAGAUAUUUUUGUAAUUGACAAUGGGGGAUAAAUAUUCAGUAUAUUGUUAAACACAAUUUAUAACUGCUAGAAAAAGUACUUCAUGCUCGUUUCCACUGUACAAAAUGUUUGAAUGUUAAGAGCCGGCGGUACUUGAAAACAUUAAGCAAUAAGCUGUUUAAAAACCUUGCUAACAUACAACAAUAUAUAUUUACACACACUCAUACAAACACAUACACGCACGCACACACACACAGACACACAGACACACACACAGACACACACACUUACUUGACUUUUUUUUUCUUUUUUUACACAAAAUAUUUAAGACAGUUAAGGUUUUUCAUUCUAAACCAGCCAAUGUUUAUAAAACAUCACGAUUAUUGUCAAGAUUUUAACGUUCCAUGAAAAGAUAACAGUGUUGGCUUGACAGUCACCAAAGUGCAUCAUUGUCCACAAUCUACUAACAUUCACACAUUUAAGAAUAACAAAAAAAAAAAAAAAAAAAAAAAA